GUCUGCGCUAUGUUUGUCUGAAGGGCGGGAGAAUUGCGAUCUUUUUUGCUAUACGGUCGUUUAAACUAUUUGGCUAGAUGAGUGUUAUAUGCAUGCAUCAUUGCUCUUCGCUGCUCCAAAGAACUGUCGACUCUGUCAAUUUACUUCAAGGCCUUUCGAAUCGUGAUGAAUCUGCUAGACAUGAAGCAGCUGUUACUAUUCAACGUAUAUUUGAUUCGUGGUAUUUUGGCUUCGGUAGCCCAGCUGUCGCUGGUUUCUUAGAGACUGUAGCCAAUGAUACCGGUGGGGCUACUCUUGAUACGUCUAUGCACGGGCUGAUUACGGAGCAGAUCCCAGAUCUUUUAAGAAUUCUGCAUACCGCCCCAUCAUCUGAUAUACGGUCUGCUGCUAGAGAUAUCUUGCGUGAUUUAAAGAUUCAGAAGGGGUUCAAAAUUCCGAAUACCGUUACAUCCUCUCCUAGUUUUAUUCAGUCACUAAACAUGGACCAUAUGAAAUGCAUGGUUGGUGAACCAAAUGAAGGGGAUCCUUUUUACACUACUUAUAUAUUGUUUCGUGAGUAUUGGUUUCAAUGGGGACGCCUAAAUAACUACAUCAAUGUAAUGGGGUAUCAUCCUGAAUAUCUUGAAUGUUACAUGAAACUAAAGGAUCAUCUUUUUCGUGGUGACCUGCCAUUACCUUAUCCAGAUCGUUACUACAUAGCCAUUAUUGCAGCUGCACAACAACGGUGUAUUUACCUAGUUCUUUUUUUUGUGCGUCAAUUCAUUAGUUCUGGUGGCCCUUUGUCGUGGUUACAGGGAGUACAGUACGGGCCCCCAAAGUGGCGCCAAUUAUGUGGAUUAAACAGGGAUCUCUCAGAUCGUCCUUGGAAGAUUACAGCUGAUGAUAUUUACAACUUGACUCAUGGAGGGGAUUCGAAUCCAUUAAAAGAAGCAUUAUCAUUGUCUGAAUUAAUGCAUGUUGUUGCUAUCCUGUCUCAUGUUCAUGCUUUAGCUUGUUUCAUAUUUGGUUGUGGGAUUCGUCCUGAAAUUGAUAAUUAUGAUGGAUUAAUAAACCUAAAUGUAGAUAACUGUAAUGAAGCAUACAUAUAUAACAAUCAAACUAGCAAUGGAAGUUCCCAAAAUAAUCUUCAUAGUUCUGAAAAUGGGGGCACAUGUUCCUGUUUAGUUGAACCAUGGGACGAUCAUAUUUCAGAAAACGGAAAUGUAAAUAAUCAGGACUCACACAAUGAUGAACCAUCUGAUGUAGAUGGAAAAUUAAAAGCUUCCAAAUUACUGAAAAUCAUCCAGACGGAAGAUUCAAGUUGGGAAGAUGUCGCAGAAGAUAUUGUUGCUGAACAAUUUUUAACCGCUAUCAUAUCUAAUAGUCAAUUGGAUUCUGAAGCUGUCUUCCCAUCAAAUAAUAUGAUGAAGCAUAUUGAAAAACUAUCUUAUCAUCCGCUCAUCUCACGUUUCUUAGAUUCUCCACAGUCUGGUUACAAAAAUUUCGAUGCUCGUCCAUUUCAUGCAACUGAGUAUUCAUGGCAAGAAGAAGGCUUACCUCUAGCUGAUCGUCUGUGCACUGAGCUAGGUUCACUUUUGGAUGAGAAAUUCCGAAAUGCUUAUGAUUUGACCUAUAAUACUCUAAACGGGAUUCAAAAUGUCGAUACGUCUCUUUAUCGUCGUACAGUUUGGAAUGAAGUGCAAAGUUUUUUCGGUAUAUGUCAUGAUGACUUUCGUUAUGACCGUGUAAAUCGUUUGUUAACUACUUCACAACGUGCCUAUUUAAAAUUGUGUUCCACUUUCCCAGUUGCAGUUUAUACAAUACAAAAUCUCAAAUUUGAAAAUAUUUUCCCUGCCCUAUCAUCUUCAGAAAUGAUUCAUGUGAUCCUUAUGAUUAUUGAGGCUAGACAACAAGCUUGUUUAUCGUAUAUCCUUCGAGCGGUUUCUCAAUGUCAAGUCAGAAAUAAUUGAAUAUAUAUGUAUACAUAAUGUAUUUCUCCAUUAAUAUUUUCGAACAGGUUUGUCGAUUUCAUAGUUUUACAUAUACAGAACGUUUAUUUUUUAAAAGAUUUUUUAAACUGAUAAUUAGAUUAUCAGGACAAAGGAACCAGUCUUACCGUCAGAUGAAUAAACAUGUUUUAACGUGACAAAAUAAAUGUAGUGAUAAAUCGAAAUGGUGGGGGUGAGGAGGAAGUUUACAACAAAAACGUGAAUAAAUGGAAAGAAUAUGUGGUUAUGAUAUGAUACAGUAUAUUGCUUGACGAGGAUGUCUACUAUCCCCAUUCCUGUCUUACUUCGUGUGUAUUCUUCUACUAGUUUCUAUUUUUCCUAUUUUUCCAAAGGUUUAAUGUGAUGGGUGCACAUAUUUGAAUCAACUUUAUUGAUGCUGUCAAUUAAGUUCAUUUGAUUGAUCUCAUUGAAAAGAAGUAAAUUUCUAUGAUCACUUAACAAAUCUGUUUUUUACCUAUGAGAUUUUAAAUGUUUCUAUCAUCGACUGGUUUUUUUGCCUAUGUCUAGUCACUCAAUCAAAUAAUUACUAGUUAAGCAUAUAGGUUGCAUCACUUAUUUGCCACAUUUUUAUUUAGUUCCAGUUGUCUACACUUACAGAUGGACGUUUAGUAUUUACUCAGAAGGCUGAUUUGCUCUUCAUUGCCAACCUGCGUCACAUGCAGACUUAUUAGUGUUGAAAUAUCUGUAUUAAUUCUCAUCUAUUGAACUGUACGUUACUUAAUUUCAUAUCCAUAAGAUAUGGUUUUUGACGGGUAAUAGCUUAAGAAGACUAUAGAUAUUUCAUUAUAGAUAAGUUUAAAGUGUUACCUGCUUUUGAUUGAACCAUCAAGUAAUAUUUAUUGAUAUUAAUUAGAAGUUUUGUGUGCGAUUUGGUAGGGUUUCAAAAGUAUUGGCAUUCGAUUAAAAUAUUCCAGAUAUAUGUUAUGCAUAUAUGUUCACUGUUUAUUCAUGUAUACGAUGGUAUUUGGAUAAAAGACGUUGUUAUUAUUACUAAAAUAUAGUGUCACUAGUUUGCUAGAGUUAUUCUGAGCUUAAUUGGUGCGAUUCCAUUUAUAGUAUCAAACACCAAUCACAUAUUCGCCAACUUUUCUAUUGAGCUUACUAUUAUUUUAUGUAUUUCGUUGUUAGUGUUACGAUUAUUAAGUAUUUUUGUCAAUGUUGUGGUAACCGAUUUUUUUUAGGCAGUUGCUUCAUAUCUGCGAGUUUAUGCAAAAAUAUUUUGUUUCCUGCCUACAACUCUGAACUAUGGAUAUCGUGUUGAUUGUUCACCUGACAUACAUGGAUUAGAAAAACAAAGUAUUCAACGUGUUUCACUCCCCAUUCUUAUUCCACUGAUGCAUUUGCACUCAGAAUACUUCCAUUCGUUUAAGUGAAGUAAUUCCUUCCGUUUUUGAUAAUUCACUACAUGACAGUUUGUUAACGCCAUCAUUAUUUGUUAUUUAUCUUUCUAUUCGGAUGUUCUCUAUUUUUUCAGUUCUCAAUUAAUUCACCGUUGUCCCUUUUUCUUCAAGCUUAAAUUAAGAUAUCGGUAGCGUUUUCAGCGUCAAGUAUAUAUUAUUAUAUAUCAUUCUUGUGGUUUGGCCUUUUAUAACUUUUUACUGUGAUUAUUUUAAACAGGACUCUGUGUUUGUGUCUCCUCAUGUAUGCUAGUUCAAUUAUUAAAAAAAGGAAGAUAACAGUUAACAUGCAUACUUGGUUGCAUUGACCAUGUGUUUUUGCAAAAUUAUCCUUCACGUAACUUUGUCAGUUAGGCUCGUAAAAUUGUAUGCUUAUGUCCAUGUUGAAUAGGGAGGGGAACUUACUGUUCAUAAAGUUUUAGAGUAUCUCUCUGUGUUGGUUACUGUUCAGUACUGAUUGCUUUUUUGUCGACUUUUGGUCACUAUCCUCUCUCAUCGUGAUUUUAUGUUUACAUUCAAAUAAUGUUCUCUUCGUGUGUGGAGAAAGCAACUUCACAGUUUACCAACCUUCGAUUUUUCAAACAAUAAUUUUUUCCCUACUACUCCCCCAGUUUAUGGUGCAUUAAUUUAAGAAAAGUUUAUUGCUUUUAUUCUCCAAAAUUAUGUUUAAUAUACUUAUAUAUAUUUACAUAUUUGUUGUUUAGUUAUGACUAAAUCGCCUGUCCUGAAACUUCUUGACGUCAUUGUUUUCUUAUUUCUCUCUGUAUUUUCCCAUAAUCAUAUUUAUACAUACAUGUAAUUUUAUUGGUCGAGUGUAGAAUUAUUUUUAUUGGAAACAGUUUUUCGUGGUUCCUUUUCUCUCUGUAUUCAAAAACCCGGCUUGUAUAAAUAUAUAUGCGAGCUUUGUUCUGUGACUUGUUUUUCCCCAAAUAUUUUCUCUCCCACUCUCUAUUUUCCUCCCUGUAGUUCUUAUCAUCUGUCUGUUAAUGUUAGUAAUUUACCAUAAAGAAAAAUGAAAGAUGCCAUAAAGAAGGCCCCAGCAAAUAACAAUUAACGGUCACUGGAAACGUCUUGUUUUAUUUUUUAAGUACUUUUGUUUAAAAUCUGAUUUGUUGAUGCAUUUCGUUCGAGCACAAGUUACAAGAACCAUUGUGUCCAUAAAUAUUAGAUUUUUGUGAUUU